UUUGCCCUUGAAAAUCCUUACUACUGUAAAGUGCUCGGAACACUACUGACAUAACUGUCUUAUUUAGUGCACACUUGGCAAAGACAUUGUUCCUUUGUUUCCGUUUUUCAAUCUAUUGCUUAAAAUUUAAAGCUAAUUGAAAAUACUUUUCGAACAAUAAAAAUAAGUAAACAAAUAUAAAUAAAUUUCACAUUUUUUAUUCGUUUCUAUAGAAAUCAUGUAAUCGUUUGCUGGAAAAAAAAUAGCUUGAAAAAAAAAAGUCGUUUGCUGUUUGCUUAUGAUACGAAAUUGCUUUCAUCUGUUCCAGCUAAGCGUUGUGUUUGAUCUGUAGAACACGUGAAGACAAAUUAAAAUUAUUUGAGAGUGUUCAUUAGUGAAAUGUGUAUCGAAAUCAAGGAAGACAAAUAUUAGUUCUACUUCAGUGCUCGUUUUUGGCAGAAAGUUGUAUUACUAGACUUUUUUUUUUAAUGAGGUCAGUCCAUGUUUUUUUUUUCCGUCCGGUAUCUGAUCAAUCGUUUUCACUUUCAUACUUCAGAAACUUUCUCCGAACCAUCACAACCUGUUAGUGCUUUAUUGAGUAAUUUGAAGAUGGGUGUAGUGUUGGCGUGGGAAGUUCUUUGCGGUAUUGUUUUGAUUUUGUUUCAAGCAGUGAAUGCUACGGUGUUAGAUUUGGGGAAAAUGAUGUCCCUUAAAACUAAUAGAAAUCCUUUAGACUUUGUCAACUACGGAAAUUGGUGCGGACUUGGAGGGAGUGGAAUUCCACUGGAUCACAUUGACAGAUGCUGCAAAAUGCAUGACUUGUGCUAUGAGAAAAUCGCAAAUUAUGAAUGUUAUGAUGAAAAACCACAUCUUGCUCAUUAUAAGUGGAAAUAUGGAAAUGGUAAAAUAUAUUGCAGUAAGUUCAUUUAUUGAUGGUUUUAAACAAAGUAUAUUGUUCAGGGUGCGUAGCUAAAUUUUUCAACAAAAAUAAGCACCUUUUAUGUACUUCUUAAGCACUUUAAAAAAAUAUUAUAAUUAGGAUAUGCACACUAAUAAUUUUUUUUUCCUUCAUACUGUUGAAAGUUCUUCAUAUAUAUAAGUUAACGAAAUAGUUGUCUAAGUUACAUGAUCAUGAUGAAAUAACUAGUUUCUGACAAAGAAUUUUUUUCGUGAUUAUAUUAGCCACCAUAAAAACAAUUUCACAAUUUCAAAUACAUUCAUUAUUGAGUGAAUCAUUCAAUUUUUUAAAUUUAUAAUUACUUUACUCAAUUAUAUAAAAAAAUUAUUCAAAAUUA